AUGGGUUGUGGUUCUAGUUCAAUUUAAGUUGCUGAAGUACCUAACUGUAAUAAGUAAUUAUUAUUGGGAUAUUGGGAUAUUCCUCUAAGAGCUUAACCAAUAAGAUACCUUCUCGAAUUAGGUCACUUUCCUUACACUGAAAAAAGGUAUGCAUAGAAAGAUGCUCAAGAAUGGUUUGGCAAAGAUAAAUAAAAUCUUGGUUUAGAAUUCCCUAACCUUCCUUAUAUCACUCAUGGGGAUUAUCAUUUAACCGAAGCAGCUAAUAUUGCUAAUUAUGUCAUAGAAAUUACUUGCUAAUAAAACCUAUUAGGAUGUGGAGAUGAUAAAUACAGAAUUGGAAAUAUUAGAUAUGUCUGCGAUGGCUUGAUUAUUGAUGUUUUCAAGACUUUAAAAAUGACUGCUGAAGAAAAAUAAAAGCUCUUAGAAAAUAAUAUUAUUCCUGAUCUCUACUCAUUGAAUGAAGCACUUGGUGAAAAAACUUACUUCUUCGGUAGAUUAACUAUUGCAGAUGUUUAUGCCUACUGCGCAUUUGUCAACUUCAAGUUAUUCUUCCCAAAUGAAUAUAAAUAGUUUGCUAGCUCAUUUGAUCACCUAAUAAUCAAUUUUGAAGCUAUUCCCGAAAUUUAAGCUUAUCAAAAAUCAGAUAGAUUCCCUAAAUUUUAAUUAUGA